GUUGUUUUAUAAAGGUCCAUGCUUGGUUUAUGACAUAGUUUUGUCCCUCUUCUCAGGGUUUUCUUUUUUUGUUUUCCUUCUAAACUGUGCUCCUAAAAGUUGCUGUGCUGAAAGACAGUACACGAUAGAUGCCGUAGUCUUCGUAUGAAUUAUCACAUCCUUGGCAAUUGUCCGUUCCUCGUUGUGUUUUUAAGUCACUCCAAAACAGUAGAUUGCAUUUCAUCAGUGGGGUUUUCUCCCCGCGAAAACAGUCUUUCUGUUGAGUAACUUCACGUACGCUAUGUACUGUUGAGAUUGAGGUUUUCUAUAAUGGGAAAGUCGUUUGAUUGAAAGAUAAUUCAAGAGCUUUUGCUAUCCCAAAACUGUGAUAUUAUUCCAAGCUCCGUUCAGCAUUAUGGCAAACCUUCUUUAGAGACAACUGCCCUUUCUACAACUGAGAAUCAUGUCUUCAGUGCUGAUGAACCUCAAAGUUUGUUCCUGUAGAUGAUGGCUGUAAAUUAUUCACCAGAUUCUUGUCAUCAGGAAAUGACCAAGCUCCAGAGCAAUCAUUCGACCGAUAACACGUCUAUCGUCACAACUGCAGAAGUAUCAAGUGCAGAAACAACUGAAUCACCAAGGCAGCAACCUCGAGCAGUAACCAUGGCAUCAGAUUCUUCUACUAUGUCAUACAGUACUGUCCAUGUUCAGCAAAGCCCGGGAUUGUCAUUACGUUUAACCAAGGCAGCAUCUGAGCCUYAUAAUCCACGUAAAACCUUAGUGAGAAGUCAAGCUCUUCGCAGUACACCAUCUCCACCACCAUCUGGACAAAUUGAAGAGUUAGAGGGGUCAGCGCCAUUAACAGUAACAAGUGCAAGUUUUGAGUAUUCAUACCACGCUAAUGACAGUGACAUGAUAUCAACACCCAGGCAAGAAUACAUGGCUCAUAAACAAGGGUCUUUUUCWAGGGAUAAUUCUUUUGAAUACACYGAUUCCACUGGGACAGAUUUGCAUGAAUUUAUUGUGAAAACACUAAAGAAUCCAAGGGAUAGAAAAUUUGUAUUAAAGCUUGAGCAUGACUUUUUGAACUUCAUUCAAGAUCCGCUGAUUAUCUUCAUAAAGUAUCCACCAAUGACGUCGUACUACAGGAUGAUAGUACACAGGGUGGCUGCAUUUUUUGGUAUGGAGCAUAAUGUUGACCAGCAGACUGGAAAGUCUGUCAUUAUCAACAAGAGUAUCAACACAAGAAUACCAGAGCAAAGAUUUGCAGAUCUAGUAUCUCUAAGUAGAGAAGAUUCAGAAGAUUCAGAAGGAUCUAUGCCAAAAUCGAUUCUUAGACGAGACAAYAUUCCUCUAAGUGACAGUACUCCUCCAAAAAUUGACAGUCCAUUGCUUGCAAGUCUUAGCAUGGACGAUAAACGUCAGAAGUCUUUUGAGGAGAGAGAGGAAGAGUACAGGAAAGCAAAAGAAAGAAUAUUUAAUCAGAGUUCGCAGUCUUCACAGUCGUCRCAGUCUUCCAAGGGCGAUGGAGAUAUUCCUCAACCUCAGAUACUUACAAGGGAAGACACAGAGUUAUUAUCUCAAGAAGCAAUGCCUAGGAUUCUAUUAAAGUCRCAGUCUUUUGAUGAGAGGACCAUGGAUAAAGGAUCAGUGGCACGAUCAGGAAUUAGAAUUAUGUCCAAUAGGGUGUUAAACAGGUCAAGCAGUAGUCCUGGUGGAAGUGCUGCUGCCUUUGCUGCYGCUGAACGAUUUAAUAAAUCCACAGAAAGCCCAAAAGGAACUAGAGURCCUCUUGCAGGUUAUCCAGUGUCUGGAAUGCAGUACUGGACACCAGAGGGGGUUCCUGUGGUACCUGUUCAUGGCAAUGAGGUGCCAAUGGUACAAGGUCAUGCUGGAAUGCAAGGAAUGGUUYCUGUCAUGGGCACCACUACACCACAACAAGGUAAUGUGGUUUGGCAAUUACCUAAUGAAUCUAUACAGCAAGGCAUGAUGCUUAUAAACCCAAGUACAGGAACGCCAGCACUAGGACCUGAUGGUAACCCAGUCAUUGUCCAUCCUUCAUACCAACCAAUGGUUAUGAAACCAGGCAGUAAUCCAGCUUAUCCUCAACAAGCACAGCAACACAGACCACAGCAACAGUCUACCACACAGGUUGGUCAGUCCCCUACAUUGUCUCCAGGGCAGAUGGUUCUUCCUUAUAUKGGUAUGCAGCAUCCCAUGUUUGUUGUCCAGCAACCAGGACGAUCACACUAUGGACAGCAGGGAUCAGAAGGCUUAAGCCAAGUACACUGGUCUGGUAAUACACAGCAAAUGGCAUCAUACCAGGAUUUAGGCAAUCAGUUUAGUGGUAUGACAAUUACUGGACAACCCCAAGACAUGGACCAACCAAUACAACAUGGAAUWAUAGCUACUGAAUCMGGAGCUUCAGCUUCRUCAACUACUUCCACAUCAAUGUAUGCAUCAAGUAUCUCACAAGGGUCCAGUCAACCAGGCCAAGUACAGUACGUCAUGCUUCCUCCCCAAAGCAUGCACCCCCAUCAAGGUAUUCGACCCAUGGUUGGACCUCACAUGGUAGCUCCAUCCAUGCAGCCAACUAACUCCCCUCAGCAGAAUCCUACAUAUGUAGUACCGCCUCAAACGMCUUAYUCUCCUUCAGCAUUUCAACCACAGUAUGGUUUUAGUAAAGAUGGGCCUAUUGUUCAAACUCAACGAUCACAGUCGCCACCCACACCACCACGAACGUCCUCACCUUCAUCUUACAGUCAACAGUCAGGUCAAAACACWCAGUAUCAACACCAACCAGCAACAGCACCCACUCAAUCCCCUGUUCUUAGACAAAUGGUUCCUUUAGUAGUUGCAGGAACACAGCAAGUCCCUGUAGGCGCCACAGUUUUACMAAGUAAUCARCCUAGUCAGAUUCCUUCUCAAGGAGGUGGCAUGACCCCUUACCAUGUUGUACCAGUUCCUGCGCAAUUCCACCAACCUGGACAAAAUMGAGUSUAUAAUAUUGAUAGACGAGGUGCCAAGUCGUCUGAGAURUAUGAAGGUGGUAUGGUGGUUGGUCAGCCAGGAAUGGCUCAAGUUGCWUAUGGACAAUACGGGGAACAGAUAGCAAUGAUACCUCAAGGUGAUCGAUAUGGACAGUAUUUUCAACCUCAAAGGUUUGGUCAGCCACAGGCAGUAAGYGGAUCUAGUGCAUCUCAYCAUCAAUACUCGAAGCACAAAUCCAAACAAUAUCACAAGAAAAAGGACAGUCCACGUGAACAAAGUUUGAAGAAACAAAGCAGCAAAUCGUCUGACAUCGACACAUCGUCAGGAGGCAAUGUACUAGAAAUAUAUGACUUACCCACYGGUAUAAAAGACCAAGAAGCCGACGAGCUGUUUGAGGACUUGAAAUCAGCUGGCGCCAAAAUUAAAUGGCAAGAUGAUACCCGUGAGACUGUGCGGGCUGUAUUUUCUUGUGCUGCUGACGCCGACCAAGCUCUGGCCGCCAUAAACCACCCUCGGUACAAACUACGUUUCCCAGUGGACGCGAGUUCAUCAGUGCAGUCGAAUCCAUAGGAAUUUUUUUAUGUUACAAUAUGGCUUUAUUUUUAUUUUGUAUUUUGAUUUUUAUAUGCCAAUUCUUGUUGAAUCUAAUCGAAUUCUCAUUAUAAAAAGUAUGCAGAAACAAAGGCCGAUAAUGAAUAGGAAUUAAAGUGAGGUCGUGCACCUCAGAAAGUUGUAAAAAGUGUCGUUAGUAAACGUCCGUAACGAUU